AUGUAUGCUCAACGCGAUCCUGAGAACACAUUGUUCUCCAGGAUCCUGGAGAAGAGGCUGGAAGAGGACUCGAAGGUCCUGGAGAGAAACAAGACGAGUGUCACACACAAGGACCACCUGUAUCUGAAGAAUGCUGCGUUCAUCAUCGACCAUCCUCUGGACCCCUUGCCAGAUGAGAAUGCAGACGACGACCUACAAGUUGAAGGUGGAAAGGUGGACAUCAAAUGUCCACUAUCGCUGAGAAUCUUCGAGCAGCCCAUGAGAAGCAAGAAGUGUGGCCACACCUUCGACUACUCUGCCAUAAAAGAUACGUGGAGGCAUAACGUUGAGCCUUGUCCAGUGCUCGGAUGUGGUUCCAGGAUCUCCAUAAACGACUUUGAACCGGACGAAUUGAUGAAUCUACGGGUGAAAAGCUUCCACCGUCUACAGAGAAAGCUGGAGAACGACGAUAGCGUCGAAAAGAUCUGA